UCGGCUGCUGCUGCAGAAGAAGGAGAAGGAGAAGAAGGACCGCGUCUGGCGUCUCCUUCUCUUUGCCGCUCUUCUUAUUACUAUUGCCGCCGCCGUCCAGGGCGGGGAAGGGAUUGAUGUGGAGGCCCAGAGCGGCCCCGCCGCCGCCAUGCAGCCCCCGCCGAGGAAGGUGAAAAUUACUCAAGAGCUGAAACUCCUUCAGACUGAACAGAUGACAAAACUUCAAGCUAAACAUCAAGCAGAAUGCGACUUACUUGAAGAUAUGAGGACAUUCAGUCAGAAGAAAGCUGCAAUUGAGAGAGAGUAUGCACAGGGCAUCCAGAAAUUGGCUAGCCAGUACUUAAAGAAAGAGUGGCCUGGGAUAAAAGUUGAAGAGCGAAAUGAUUUCAGGAGCAUGUAUCCAGUGUGGAAAUCGUUUCUUGAAGGCACAGUGCAGGUGGCUCAGUCCAGGCUCAAUAUCUGUGAAAACUACAAGAACUUAAUUUCGGAACCUGCCAGAGCAGUGAAAUGUUUUAAAGAGCAGCAGCUGAAAAAGUGUGUGGAGCAGCUGACCAGGAUCCAGGCCGAACUGCAAGAGACAGUAAAAGAUUUGGCAAAGGGGAAGAAGAAAUACUUUGAAAUGGAGCAGAUGGCUCACGCCGUCCGUGAAAAGGCCGAUAUUGAGGCCAAGUCUAAACUUAGUCUUUUUCAGUCAAGGAUAAGCUUACAGAAGGCAAGUGUAAAGUUAAAAGCACGGCGCUCUGAGUGUAAUUCCAAAGCUACUCAUGCGAGGAACGACUACCUUCUCACUUUAGCAGCCGCGAAUGCGCACCAAGAUCGCUAUUAUCAGACGGACUUAGUAAACAUUAUGAAGGCUCUCGAUGGGAAUGUAUACGAUCACCUUAAAGAUUAUAUAAUGGCAUUCAGCAGGACUGAAUUCGAAAUAUGCCAAGCUGUACAAAGCACAUUCCAGUUUCUUUUGGAAACUUCCAGUCGGGUAGUGCGAGAUUACAAUUUCCAGCUGUUCUUACAAGAGAACACGGUAUUUCACAAACCACAGUCCUUCCAAUUCCAACCGUGCGACAGCGACACUAGUUUUAGUGCCGUUCAGCUGGUGGAUAUUGAGCCUUCACCUGUCAGUGCUCUGAGAAUGACCUUAGUGGAGAGCCGGCAGUUGGAAUCUGAGACUGGAACAACAGAAGAGCACAGUCUGAACAAGGAAGCCCGGAAAUGGGCCACGCGUGUGGCACGGGAACACAAAAACAUCAUUCACAGCCAACGGGCUCUUGAGGAAUUGGAAUGCCAUGGGCCGGCGGCGUCUGAACAGCUCCGAGCAGAACUGGAACAGAAAAUAGACGAAACCAGAGAAAACAUCCGCAAAGCUGAGAUAAUAAAGCUGAAAGCCGAAGCUCGACUUGACCUCCUGAAGCAGAUUGGGGUUUCGGUGGAUACGUGGCUGAAAAGUGCAAUGAACCAAGUCAUGGAGGAACUAGAGAAUGAGCGGUGGGCGAGCCUUCCUACGGUGGCCAACAAUGGCUCUUCGCACUUGCUAACUGUUGAUAUAGAGAGGGAGGAAGGAGAGGACCUAGAAGAUGGCAUGGAUGGUUUUGACGACAGCAGUUCCAGUCCUUCUGGGACACUCAGAAAUUAUCCGUUGACCUGCAAAGUUGUAUAUUCAUACAAGGCUUCGCAGCCAGAUGAGUUAACCAUUGAGGAACAUGAGGUUCUGGAAGUGAUUGAAGAUGGAGAUAUGGAAGAUUGGGUAAAGGCACGAAACAAGGCAGGCCACGUGGGCUACGUGCCAGAGAAGUAUCUGCAGUUCCCGACUUCCAACAGUCUCUUGAGCAUGUUGCAGUCGCUGGCGGCGCUGGACAGCCGGUCUCAUACUUCUAGCAAUUCAACGGAAGCCGAGCUCGUCUCGGGAAGCCUCAACGGAGACUCCAGUGUAUGUUUUGUCAAAGCACUUUAUGAUUACGAGGGGCAGACCGACGACGAGCUUUCCUUCCCAGAGGGAGCAAUAAUCCGCAUCUUGAAUAAGGAGAACCAGGAUGACGACGGUUUCUGGGAAGGGGAAUUCAACGGGCACAUCGGGGUCUUCCCAUCUGUGCUGGUAGAAGAGCUCACGGCCUCGGAAAACGGAGAGUCUCGGUGCAUUGCAAAUGUUCAGGUAUCUCCAUCUCCCAAGCCCCAGAAUUCCCUGGCUCCCCUGCCGCUGUAUGACCAGCCGCCCACCAGCCCUUUCCAUAGUCCUGACAAGAGAGGCUCCCAGUACUUCCCAAGAUCUCCAUCAACACAUGAAAACAGCUUCACUUCAAACUCUCCCGGAUUCUCCCAGCCACCGCGACCUCUUCCUGAAAGCACCUCGUAUGGCAAAUUGAGACCUGUCCGGGCCGCCCCUCCUCCUCCAACCCAGCCGCACCGCAGACCCACAGAGAAGAUCGAGGACGUGGAAAUCACUUUGGUGUGACCCAACGGGACGCUGUGCCUCGUAGUGCUACAAUCAAGACCGGAUAUUGUCCAUGUUUGGUCCUCCUCUUCUUAGGCACCUUUUGGAUGAUGGAAGUGACUUGCGAAAGAUCGAUCCGGGGGAAGCGGGAGGAUUUCCCAGAGACAUGGGGACGCACAGUGGCAGACUCUUCUUCCCAUCCUCAUGACUCUUUUGUGCCUUUUUUUAAUUUGUCGCUGUCCUUUGGUUUCACUUUAUAUCUCUGCCGCCCUUCCUCCUUUGAGCACAAAAGCCGAAACAGAGGAAUAUAAAUGCCUUUGCAGCUGAAUGUGGGGGAGGCUCUGGAGAGUCCCCUCUUCCGUGGGCCACUUAAAGGGCCAGUCCGCAAAGAGGCCACGGCUACGUCCUCGAAGUGUCUCCCAACAAAUGGCACGAAGCGUGUCCUUGCCGCUUUUUGGUGGCGCUGAACUUGGCGGCAAUAAAAGGCAAGCCGUCACGUUUUUGUACGGGGAGAGCCAGCGUGUAGACCGGCCUGAAGUCAUAGCAUACGUAUACCAUGUGCAUUAGUACAGUAUAUUACUGUUUGCCAUAGGAAUGUGUUUCAAGUUUUUUCUUUCUUUCCUUUUCCCAUUCAAGUAGCGUUACUUAAUCUGAUUAGGUUCGUAAUCAGAAUGUAUGGAAUAGAGAAGGGAACACCCAAGUGUAAAUGUCCGGAGAGGCUGGCUCCUCUCCGUCCCUCUCUCUUUCCGCCUUCCUCCGUCUGCCCUCAACGGGCGGGAAAUGGUUCCACGAUGGAGGGAAAAGCUCCGCGGCUCGUACGGGGCCGAUUCCUUCGACGUGCACCUUUUCCUUCCAAAAGUACCAGGAAAACCCGAACGCGGACGUUCCUUUUGUAUUGAUAUUUAUGCGGUGCGUUUAGUAAUAAAGUUAUCUACUACAGAA